AUGAGAUCUAUUACAUCUAGAACAGAAGACCAUCUUCAUAAUGUUAUAUCACACAGAUCUGAGGUAAGAUCUAUUGACCCACAACACAACGCUGGUGAUGUUGAAUUGUUAGCUCAAAUUGGGUACAAGCAAGAAUUGAGACGUCAUUACAGUACAUUUCAAGUAUUUGGUAUUGCUUUCUCAAUUAUGGGUUUGUUGCCAAGUAUUUCCUCGGUGUUAUCGAUUGGUCUAGAAGGUGGACCAGCUGCUUUAGUUUGGGGCUGGAUCCUGGCAUCCACAUUUAUCCUUUGUGUUGGUACUAGUCUUGCAUUUCUUGGGAGCGCCAUUCCCACCUCUGGGGGAUUAUAUUACUACACAAAUUAUUAUUGUCCAGAUGCGUUUCGAGUGCCAUUGAGUUUCAUGAUUGGAUGUUCAAACUCAUUGGGUUUAAUUGGUGGAUUGUGUAGCAUCAGUUAUGGUUUUGCAGUUCAAGUAUUGUCUGCUGUCUAUAUCCAACAGGAUGGAGGAUUUGAAAUCACCAAUGCAAAAUGUUACGGGAUCUUUGUCGCUUGUGUUGUUUCCAAUGCCCUCAUAUGUUGUUUGGCGACUAAGCAAGCUGCUUUGUUACAAACAAUAUCUAUCGUGGUAAACGUGUUCUUAGUUAUGCUAUUCCUAAUUGCUGUUCCAGUUGGUACAGGACACGGGUUUAAUUCUGCUGGCUACAUUUUUGGUACAUUAAUCAACAACAGAGACUACGGCACUGUGUGGUCCUUUUUCUUAAGUUGGAUGCCGGCUAUCUGGACUAUAGGGUCGUUUGAUUCAACAAUCCAUUGCAGUGAAGAGGCGAAAAAUGCACAGAGAGCUAUACCUGUGGGCAUCAUUGAAUCUAUUAGCGCAUGUGGAAUUUUAGGAUGGGCGAUUUGCAUUGUUUGUGCUGCUUGCAUUAAAGAUGGUGACGUAUCCAGAGUCCUUGAAUCUGACACCGGUUCUGCCAUGGCACAGAUUAUUUAUGAUGCGCUUGGUAAAAAAUGGGCGGUUGCGUUUAUGUCGCUUAUUGCUGUGGGACAAUAUUUAAUGGCAGUUUCAGAAAUGAUUGCGUUGUCGAGACAAAUUUGGUCUUUCGCUAGAGAUGACGGUUUGCCAGUUGUGUAUAAUUUUGUGAAAUAUGUCAAUCCCAGAAUUAUGGUGCCUAUCAGAGCAAGUAUUUUUGCGGGAGCUUUAUCAACAUUGGUGGGAUUGUUGGUGUUAAUUGGAGAUGCGGGUUCAGGGGCGCUUUUUAGUCUUGCAAUUGCUAGUUUACAGUUGUCGUGGGGGCUUCCUGUACUACUUGUACUUUUGCCAUACGGAAGAAAAAAAUUCAUAAGUGGACCAUUCCAUUUUGGCCCCAAAACAAAUUCGGUAAUCAACGUUAUUACGAUUUGUUGGUCGGUGUACGCAAUCGUAUUAUCUAUGUUCCCGGAUACCAGAAAGGUGAAUAAAGAAUCCAUGAAUUACACAGUUGUAAUCAAUGUUGGUGUUUGGUUAUUAGCGUUGGUUUACUAUUUUGUUUGGGGGUACAGAUUUUACAGCGGUCCCAAAUCUAAUCUUGAUACAGAUGACGAUGUUGUUUUUGGUACAGAACCUGAAGUUUUUGCAAUCAAUGAAGAAAAGAAGUAA